AUGACGCAGAGACUAUUUAUUCGUAAAGUAAGUGACGAAGAGGGUCUUGUUUUGAGUACUCAAUCGUCACCUCCGGCAAAAGCACUAAUCUUGAAAAACCGAUGGUGCUUUGACGGAGGAGUUGGUGGUGGCACCGCCGAUACGCUGUUGAUAGCGAGAGGAAGUACUCCGUCUAGUGUAUUGAACUCCGUGCUUUUGAUAUACGAUUUUAGGCUUGUGCCAUGUCCACUGUCAUUUGCUUUGCUACACGGCGAACUCGCAUGUUGA